UGACUCGUGAACAAGGUAUUCAUGGUCUGGUGUUCUAUUUCUCACGUAAAUUAACAACUGCUCGAAAAGGUCUAAGAGAAUUUCAUAUACCAGCUAAUUAUAAAGAUUCUAAUCAAAGUUAUCAACAUUUAAUGAAUCUCUUUAACGAACAGCAUAUUUCACCACCAAGCAUUCAAAGCAUCUACGGUAAAGAGGGUAUUGGUAAGUAA